ACCGAACACCAGGUCCCAUAAAGAACAAAUCAAUGACUGCGGAAAAACUGGUCUCCUCGCAAUCAAUGCUCAUUGAAAAUUACCAAAAGCAACCACCGAGGCCUUUCGGAACCAAAACCCUAGGCCCCCUUCCACACGAAUUUACUCCCACCACGCCAAUACCAGCGCGAACAUCUGUGAAAGCGUCCUCUAUAACUUACCCCCAACUGACCAACUACAGAAACAAUUACCAGCCGAAGAAUAUACAGGAAAUUAUAGGUUAUAUGAACAAUCAAGCGUCCCAAGACGUAGACAUUCAGGAUUUCUCCAAAGAACGCCAAGCAACGAACCAAGAAGGGUUCAAACAAACCCUGAAUUCUUCAGGCUUCACCAACGCUGAUCCUUUUUACACUUAUAAGCCUACCGACCCCAGCGACAUUAAUCUGUUAGCCACUGCUAGCUUCAGGUUUGCCCCUCCAGUGUGGAAAAACUUCAGGAAGUUGUACCAGCAACCCAUGCAGCAGCCGAAUACUCAGCAAGUGGAAACUUCUAACAUACAAGAAACUGUCAAAAACUUCGCCAAACCUUUUGUUGUCAAUCUCAACAUCUUCCCAAUGGAGGAUCAGUAUCCAUCAGCCUUAAAUCGGUACGGACAAAGGGUUUCCCCCUCGCAGAGAGCACAAGAUAGUGUUCCUUAUAAAUCUCUUGGAGAUCCUAGGGGGAGGUUUCUGGGACAGAGAGGAAAUAAACUGACGAUCAGAUUGAAUGUAUUUCCGGAAACUGUGACUCCGUUUUUGCGCCAAGAAGACAAAAUAGCUGAGAGUAGUGCUAACAAGAUCAAAUUUGUGUAAAUAGACUUUUGAUAGGGACGUUAAGGUGCUCGGGAAAACAUUAU